CUUCCGCUCAACGUCACGACGACAACCACGACGCCAUCACCAGUCACAAUGGCCGCUUCCAAGAAGGAGACUCCCCGCACCGGGCUGGCAACCGGUCUCAACAAGGGCCACAAGACCACCGCCCGCGUCAGCAAGCCGCGCGUGAGCCGCACCAAGGGCCACCUUAGCAAGCGGACUUCUUUCGUCCGUGAGCUCGUCAAGGAGGUUGCUGGCCUCGCUCCCUAUGAGCGCCGCAUCAUCGAACUUCUCCGCAACAGCAAGGACAAGCGUGCCCGUAAGCUCGCCAAGAAGAAGCUGGGCACCUUCGGCCGCGCCAAGGCGAAGGUUGAGGACAUGAACCGUGUCAUCGCCGAGUCUCGCCGUACCGGCCACUAAAGCGCCGCGUCGCUUUUUGGGAUGCCACUAUAAACCGGACGCCGAGGGAUUGAUGACGGAUUCCGGGGGAGGGACACCGGUGUUGAGGGCCUUGCUCUCCCGGCCAGCACCCUUUGGCUUUGCGCUCAGAAAAGAGCUCGCCAUCUAGACCAGACCAAAAUCGACCUCGCGAUUGUCUUUGAUACCCUAUUUACCAUAUCACAUGUGGUGAAUUCAUGAAACUUGUUCCGAUGGCUUGCAUAUUUCUGUCUCCAGAUGUGAACCUAAGGUACCUGCUUCAGCACUGUCA